GCCUUACCUGCCUAAGUAGUUUCCCAACUCAAACAGGGACGUUGGCGACAGUGACGGCCAACGUACCACCGUCAACCCGAGAGAGAGAGAUGAAAGCCAAUGCCUUGUCCAGGAUAAGACACCGUCUCCUCAGCCUCCCGUCGGCCUUGGUGCUACUUUGGAUAUGUGUGCUCUUCUGGGGUGAGCGCUACACCUUUCAACAAAGUGUCGCUCGGUGUCGAUGGAGAGAGUGGGAAUCAUGGCCAGGCCAUGCUCAACCUCAUCAUGUCCUUCUUGUCGCCGACCCUCAACUCGUGGAUCCACACACCUACCCUGAUAGACCAUGGCCUCUCUCCAGCUUAACGAUCCUCUACACCGAUCGCUACCUCCGCCGCUCCUAUCAAUAUCUACAAGAGUUUCUCCGGCCAGACGCGACCUUGUUCCUCGGUGACUUGUUUGAUGGUGGCAGGGAAUGGGGCACUACUGAGUCGACGUCUCCCGAAGAGCGGUACAAGAAGUACGGAUCUCGAUUUUGGCUGAAAGAAUACAUUCGCUUCUCCAACCUCUUCUUGCGGUCUUGGGCUAAAGGUUCUUAUGCAAGCGCGGCUGAACCGACCGGCCGUCGUCUUCUGGCCUCCCUCCCGGGUAACCAUGAUUUGGGGUUUGCGGCGGGCAUACAAUUGCCUGUGAAGGAGAGGUUCGACGCAUAUUUCGGGCCCCUCAACCGAAUCGACAUCAUCGGCAAUCACUCAUUUGUCCAUCUGGACACAGUCUCUUUGAGUGCCAUGGAUCAGGUUGAUCCCAAAACCGGAAGUUCGGGAGCAGGAGACGGGAGUGCCGCCGCGACUUCUUCUAGCAAAAUUUGGAAACCUGUCGAGGAAUUCCUUGCGGAAGCCAAAUCCAUCCGGGCUAAAGCGGUGCAACAUACGUGCGAGGCAAGAUUCGACUGGAAACGUCCACUGCCACAGUUGCAGUCUCCGUCGGUAGAACGAGUUGCUGACGUCGAGCACGGGGACACAAAGCAGAGCGCCCACUAUACAGUCAGCACGUCUCAAUUCCCAACAGUCGUCCUGUCUCACGUCCCUCUCUACCGAUCUGGCGAGACCAAUUGCGGACCGAUGCGGGAACGAGGCACUGUGAUACCCCUGCAUGCAGGCUACCAGUAUCAAAAUGUGCUUACUCCGCUGAUUUCACAAGAUAUAGUCAAGCAUCUGACCGCAGAAGAGAUCACAAUGGUCUACUCUGGUGACGAUCAUGACUACUGCGAGAUCGAGCACAACGAGUUCACAGGCCGUAUCAGAGAAAUUACGGUCAAAAGCAUGAGCUGGGCUAUGGGCAUCCGGAAGCCGGGCGUGCAACUCGUCAGCCUCUGGAAUCCAGUCGACAUAAACAAGGCAAUGUCUGCCGAUUCAUCACUCUCCACGCCGCGAGACACGGUGCAAAACCAUCUGUGUCUACUCCCGGACCAAUUGAGCAUCUUCAUCCGCUACGGCCAGCUGCUUGGCUUGACACUGUUCACCGCCCUCGUCGCUGCUAUUCGGUACAAUCCCACGGCCGCAGUUGAGGAAGCAUCGCGCGAAAAAUCCGAACCAUUGCUGCCCACCGCCGAAACCCACCAUCGCAGGCCCGACACCUCAAAAAGUUCCUGCAUACAGAAUGGUCAAGCGGGGCAUCAACUGUCCACGCGCAAAAUGGGCGGGUACGGACAACUCCCUGCUUCAUCGCGAACCUCGUCUCCCUCCAAGCCACCUUAUGUCGACUACGUCCGAAAUAGUGCACCUGGUGCGGGCGAGCUUGACAGUGACGACUGGGGAAUGCCGAAAUCUACCAAAGCGCGUCAAUCGGGAAGAAACCGACCGCCGCGAUCCCGCCUGGCGUUCUUUGGUCGCUCGUUAUGGCGGACGGCGUGGCCGGUGUUGUUGAUUUAUGGAUGGCUUAUUUGGAACGGCUGACGAGCCUACCGAGCUCCUUUGGCUACUGGGAUUGAUGGCUCAGCGUUGGUGGGAAAGAUAUGUGUAACAUUAGCGCUUUAGCAGCUGAGCUUGUGCAAAUUGGAUUUCUUUCCUCGACCUGGUGGACUAUCUGAAGACCACUGUCUGAAAAGAUACCAGGGUCACAGACACGGAAUGCACCAACAAGGGCAAUGACGUCUUCAUGUAACGUUACAAAAGUUCAAGGCAAGUUCUACCUACAAUGCUUUUAGACCUCCAGUCUUUCGACUUCCCGGACUUGCAAUGAAAUCAACCCGAUUAAUCUUC